ACGCUUUCCCAGGGUUCCCGCUCUCUUUUCCAAGAUGGCGGCUCCCGAGGUGGCUCCGGCUGAGAGCUGGCUCCGUACCCGGGACGUGCUUCUCCACGAAGGGCCCGAAGACUUCGGGUCGCUGCUGCUGUCGGCUCCGGUUCUGGAGGGGCUGAAAGCUGCCGGGUUCCUGAGGCCUUCCCCAGUGCAGCUCAAAGCCAUCCCGCUGGGGCGCUGCGGCCUAGAUCUCAUUGUACAAGCAAAAUCUGGCACUGGUAAAACCUGUGUCUUCUCUACUAUUGCACUUGAUUCCCUUAUUUUGGAAAGCCUGGUUACGCAGAUUUUGAUCUUGGCUCCUACCAGAGAGAUUGCUGUUCAGAUUCAUGCAGUUAUUACAACUAUUGGGAUCAAGAUGGAAGGCUUGGAAUGUCAUGUCUUCAUUGGAGGAACCCCUUUAAACCAAGAUAAAAUGAGGCUGAAAAAGUGUCACAUAGCAGUUGGCUCUCCUGGGCGCAUAAAGCAACUCAUAGAACUGAACUAUCUGAAUACAGCCAGCAUUCGUCUCUUCAUUCUUGAUGAGGCAGAUAAGCUUCUGGAAGAAGGUAGUUUCCAGGAUCAAGUCAAUUGGAUUUAUUCUUCUCUACCAGCCAAUAAGCAAAUGUUGGCUGUGUCGGCCACCUAUCCUGAAUCCUUGGCUAAUUCUUUGACUAGGUACAUGAGAGAUCCCACCUUUGUGAGAUUGAAUCCCACGGACCCAAGUCUCAUUGGGUUGAAGCAGUACUUCAAAGUUGUGAAUUCUCACCCGUUACCUCAUAAGACUUUUGAGGAGAAGGCUGAGCAUUUACAGGAGCUGUUCAGCAAGAUUCCUUUCAACCAGGCCCUGGUCUUCUCGAAUCUACAUAGCCGAGCUCAACACCUAGCAGAUUUACUGACUUCCAAAGGUUUUCCUGCUGAGUGCAUUUCAGGCAAUAUGAAUCAGAACCAACGACUUGAUGCUAUGGCCAAACUCAAGCAGUUUCAUUGCAGAGUCUUGAUUUCAACUGAUUUGACUUCCCGUGGAAUUGAUGCUGAGAAGGUGAAUCUAGUCAUCAACUUGGAUGUGCCUUUGGAUUGGGAAACAUACAUGCAUCGGAUUGGCAGAGCUGGGCGCUUUGGAACUUUAGGGCUUGCAGUGACAUAUUGCUGCCGUGGGGAAGAAGAAAACAUGAUGAUGAAAAUUGCACAGAAAUGUAACCUUCGGUUGCUUCCUUUACCAGAACCUAUACCUCCUGGGCUCAUGGAACAGUUUGAAGGCUGGGAUGUCGAAGUCACUGCUGUCCCAUAUCCCAAUGCUUCACUGCAUGCAUCUCUGUUGCCAGCUAAGAGACCGGAGGCGACCAUGCAGCACACAACAGUAAGCACCAGUGCUCCUGUUGUUUGUGAAAAUUCUGUUGCAGCCAAGCCAAAACAAGCCCUCAAACAGAAGCAAUUACUUAAAACAAGAAUGGAGGGUACAAAACCAAAAAUAACCAGGAAGCAACAGUCUUCUCAUAGUAUCACUCAGCAGAAGCGCCAAAUAGAGCCUUGUCUUCAGACUUCUGGAAAGCAUAACGAGGAGAUGGACAGGGAAACAUUAAAAAGCAUGCUUCCCAAGAUCCCUUGCUUAUCAUCAUUUAAGGACCAGCAGUCCACCAGCACAUGGAGCAUGGCGGAGUUCAUUGAGGAUUAUGAAUACUUCAUUAAAGAAGGCUCAGAGAGAGAAGUGGAAAUAGUAAGAAGCUAUACAGGCCCAGGAGAGCAGCAUCAACACCCAGAAAGUGAUACUAAUAGAAUUUAUACUGAAACAGAAUCCAGCUUACAUGCUGCAAAAGCUCAUGUAUUGACAGGAGACUCUGAUAGUGAUAGUAGCUCUUACAGUUCUGGGUCAUCCACCUCUAGCUGGGAGGACCAGUCAUAUAGUAAAGCAUCUUCAGAUACACAACAAAGAGACAAUGGUGCGCUGACAUCAGAUCAGAAAUGUGUUUCGCAGUUCACUGGUGUCCCUGAACCACCACAGUUCCAAACGAGUCCUCAGCUCCAGAAGAUAAAGGAACAGAAUGUAAAACAGAGCAGUCAAAGCCGCUUCCGUUGUACCACCAAGCCUUCCAAGAGCAAGAAUUUAAAAAGUGUAUCUGAAGUCAAACCUACUCCUUUCCCUGAGUGUGAAGAUCAGAGUUAUGAGGAAUACUGGCGAGCAUAUUACCGGGCUUGGCGGGACCAUUAUGCAGAAGCUUCUCGCUCAUACUACCAAAUGUAUCAGCGACCAUCAAACUUACUAACUGCUUAUCAUGCCAAUGCAAUCUAUUUUGAAGAGUUGUUGCGUGGUAACAGAUAAUGGGAAUUCCUGCCACCCAAAACCUACUAGUGGAAUCUUAAAUCACCUUUCUGUUUCUGUUUACACUCACAUAUUUUCUUUAUUCCAUGUAUAUACUGUUUUGUAUACUUU